AUGAAGACCACUGUUAUAGACCUUAUGGCCAGUGAUGCUUUCAUCAUACAAUCACAGACCCACAUAUUAGUUGGUUUCACUGUUUCCUUGUUCAUGUUACACUCUGCAUCAGUGUCCCAGCAAUGUAUGGUUACCUACAAAUUUGGGUUUCAACAAGUCCAAAAUUCUGAGUUUACAGUUUCGUCCAAUCUUUGCAUGGGAACCAAAAUUGAUUAUUCCAUAAAUCUUCUAGCAACCCUUGUGGACAGCAGCAACUUAGCUGUGGGUGGAGUGGAUGUCUGGGAGCAUUAUCAGAACAAGCAUCAAAGGACUGGAAUAAAAAAAUUGCAAGGUCCCAUGGAUAGGAUGCUUGACAGAAACAACGUAGAGUCCAUCAAAAAGACAAUGCAGAUGCAUGAGGACAUCUUCAAACACCAGGUUAGAGAGCUACACCGGGUAUACAAUGUGCAAAAGAUGCUGAUGGAUGAGCUCAAAAAUGAAACUAGACAACAGAAAUUUUGGAACCACCGGAAUGAGAUAGAUUUAAGCCAUCCACAUAUCAUUAAACAGCAACAUCAAAUAACACAUAUUUCACACAAGCCUGAUUUCCAUGUACAAAAUUUGAGAGAGGAUAUAUGGUCAAGAGAAAAGGGUAGAAUCUUGUCAGACACCAUACAGAUGCAAAGAGGUUUUGAUCUUGAAAGGCCUGCUGAGGAGGACAUUUUUUCUCAAGCGCGUGGCUUUGAUGAAGGUGAGCCAGGGCCUAGCUCCCACGCUGCAUUUCAGAGUUGUAAGAUAAGUACUGGUGGCUAUGAUGAAGAAAUGGAAGUGGAUUUGACACUAAGUAUAGGAGGUAGUCAAGUUAAUAAAAGUUCUCAAUUACCUCAGUUAGCAUGCUCAAACUCAAACAAUGGGAAAACUAGGAAGCUGAAUUCAUCUGCUUCCUUCAAAUCAGAUAGAACAGGAGAAUGCAGUGACCCUACCACCCCAAUGAGUAGCUCCACUGUGACAUUUACUCGGGAAGGAAAGGGGCCACAUUGGCUUUCUCAAGGUCUAAAGCUUAAAUAG